AUGUUGGGGAAAGCUACAGCAGCUCUGCUGAGCUUAGGGACAAUAGUACAUGCGGUAGCUGUACCCCAGGAUAAUGCAUCAGCAACGGCUUCUGCGAGAGUACCAAACGCAACAUCAGGGCCAGGACGUUAUGUCCCAUCGGCGGCUGACCUUGAGAGCGGUUGCGCCAACAUUGGUCGUGUUGCAGCAUCGUUUGUGAGAACUUCGAACGCACAAACUGCAACUUCGUUCCAGAUUGAUUCCAAAAUCGCAUACGACUGUCUGGCGUCCAUACCGCUAGAGCAAGCACCGGCUCUUGAGUUCUUGACUGAACUUUCGAAAUUUGUUCAAUUUCAGAGUACAAUAGCAUAUCUGGCGCGACCGCCCCCAAACUCUGGGCAGGAUCCUAUGGAUAUUGUUGGUGGAAUUACGGAUAUAUAUACUAGUGUGGAAUCCGGCUCUAUUACAUCUUGGAACGAACUUGAAACGCGAGUUGAUGCAUUGCUUAGCGGAUGCCAUGAGGGACAUUUAUAUGUCGCCUGGCCGCUUCCUUCGCUUAUCAAUUUUCGGGCGCCGUUUAGUUUGAUGGAUUUAAGUCCUGAUGGGAAACAGGCGUCUCGAGUUUUUGUAGCGGAUGAUGUUCGGGCGAGCAAUUCUCGGUUCCAACCGUCUGCAAUUACUCAAAUUGAUGGCGAAGAUGUGGUUACCGCUAUCGAACGGUUGACUUACUACGAAUCUUCGCAGUCGCCGGACACUCGGUGGAAUGCGGCCUUCCAGUCGCAGAACCCGCCGAAGUUGGGGUCCUUUUAUGUUAGAACCCGGUACCCCGGUGCAAAUACUUUUACAUUGACAUUCCAGAAUGGAACGACAACCGAGUAUAGAUAUACUGCUGUUGCGCUUCACCAACCCGGAUCGAAUGUUUGGAGUGUUUUGACGAGCGGGCAAGCCAUUUGGGAUAGGAUUAUUAACGUUGACCCAAAUGCGCGUGGGGGUGGAGGAUCGGGUGCCAGCAAAUUGAGGGUUAGAGCUUUGGAGGACCUUAGGAAGAGGAGAUUGAACAAUGACCAACUUGAUGAGACCAUUCGUCGACUUGAGAAGCGUCAGUCGGGAAGCAAUACCAUACCCCCACCAUCACAGUUGGUGAGGUACAAUGCCACCUUCCCGGACACACCUCGUGUAAGACCAUACAUCCAGGAUAUCAACCAAGUCGUUGGUGGAUACUUCAUGGCGGACUAUGCUGGUGACGACAGCCGGACUGCUAUUAUAGAUAUCACUGGAUUCGCACCUGAUGACCCGAACGGUCAAUUUCCAACUCAGGCUGUCCAAGCCGCCGUCGAGCUUUUCCUUGAGGAAGCUCAACGUCGGGGUAUGGAACAGCUCAUUAUUGACGUUCGUGGUAACGGUGGUGGUUUUGUCAAUAUGGGUUACGAUCUUUACAAGCAAUUGUUCCCAGGUUCUGACCCAUACUCUGGAACCCGCAUUCGUUAUCAUCCGGCAUCUCUUAGAAUCGCACAGGCCUUUACUGAACUCGUUAAUCAGGAUGUUAUCGAUACCCUCACGCGCGCUAUUGGCGGUGGUAUGGGCGAGAAUCUGACCGUCUCUCAAAUCAAUGCGUACCAAGUCGCCGCAUAUGCAUCUCUCAGCGGUCUUGAUCAGUUCUUCAACCUAGAUGAGGAUGGCAGGAGAUUCAGUUCUUUUAAUGACUUCUUCGGUCCUGCAAAUGUCUACAACGAUCAAUUCACAAAUAUCCUUACAUACGACCUUAACAACAUGCUCGCCGUCGGAGAUCUAAGUUAUGAUGUCACGGGCUACGGCGACCGCGCUUCAUACAGAACCCGACCACCACCAUUUAGGCCUGAAAACAUCAUUCUAGUCACCGAUGGUGUUUGCGCUUCCACUUGUGGUAUCUUCGCUGAAUUCCUACGAAACCAACAGCGCGUUCGCACGGUCGUCGUAGGAGGACGUCCAAACGGAGAGCCUUCGGCCGCGGUUGGUGGGACUCGAGGUACCCAAGUCAUCCAACAUACAGCUCACUUGCUCAAUUUCGUCCAAAUCGUCGAGAAUAACUUUACUCCUCGCGAUAACGCCGAAAGACAGGAGUGGGAUCGUAUCUUUCCCAGACCGUUUAGACUCAACGUUGCGGAGGCAGCUGUGAACUGGAAGGAUAACAUUCGAAGAGCGGAUCCUACCUCGACGCCGUUGCAAUUUUACCUUGAAGCCGCGGAUUGCAGGUUAUAUUAUACUCCUCGAUCCUUGACCUUUUCGCACGAAUUGUGGGCCCAGGUUGAUAGGCUUGCUUGGGGAAAUGAGACGGAUUGUGCUGUGGGGAGCAUCAAGAAUGCGACGGUUGUGACUGGGGAUUCUAACGGGGUCCCUAUUUCCAUUGGAUCUACUGGUGAUACUGGCUUCAACAGCGGGUUUGGGGAUACACCGCUGUUUACUGGUGAUAGGAUUAUUGAUACUGCGAAAGUUAUUUGGUAUGGAGUCAGGAACUCGUUGGGGGCUUCUGGAGGACGGAGAGGAUAUUAG